GCUAAUAAAGCCAGACCAAGAGUCAAACCACAAAAAUAUAUUGACCAGACAGCAGAUUAUAUUGAUGAAUCCUACAGACACAAGAAGCCGCCGCCUGCAUUGCUCGAAACAAUUGGCUGUCAAGAAGACGAAACUAAUAUGCCGCCGCCGUCGUCGUCCUCCAAGAUUCAUCCGGCGGCCGCCGAUCACAGGCGCACGCCUCACAAUGACGACGAUCAGCCUCCUCCUGGUCCGCUGCCGACUGCUUUCACGGUGUGGAAGAGAUCCAGCAUUAGUUUCCACGGAACCGACGGAUUCACGGUGUUCGAUCACCUCGGCAGGUUGAUUUUUCGCGUCGACAAUUAUAGGAGGAAGAGGACGGCGAGGCUGUCGUCCUCCGUGGUGGUUGGGAGCGGCGGAGGAGGGUGCAGAGCGCAGGUGCAUGCCAAGGAACAUGGCGGCGGCGGCCUUGUUCUCAUGGACGGAUUCGGCAAAGCUCUGUUAACACUCGUGCCACAGCUACACAUGCCAAGCAUGCAUUAUCAGUGGAUUGGUUAUAGAGGAGAAGAUGAUCAAUGCAAACCCAGAACGCCAUUAUUCAUGAUGAGAAGGCCGUCACAGUCUUCUCCAUCCCUCCUAAGCUUAAGGUCACUGACAACCAAAAUUAGGUGCGAGGCUGAAGUCUUUGUCGGAGACUGCCACCGGGGAGCUAUUAAGAGCAGCCGGAAGCCGGAUUACAGGAUAGAAGGAUCCUUCAAGAGGCGGGAUUGCAAGAUCACCGGGGCCGAUGGCCGGACAGUCGCAAGCAUAUCCAGGAAGUUAGCCAGGACCACAAACAGUGCAAACACUGGUACAAGUGUGUUGCUGAGUGAUGAUGUUUUCAGUUUGGUGGUAGAGGCAGGGAUGGAACCUGCUCUUGUUAUGGCCUUCAUAAUGGCCAUAGAUAGGCUUUGCCCUAAACCACAUACCCCCUUUCUAUGUUCCUAGCUAUGGACAAAGACAAUUCAUAUUGAGUCUUCAUCCAUAUUUUACUGCUCAACACAAGUUAUAUUUUAGGCAGCUUAA